GACGCUCAACAUGGCCCACCGAGGAACGCUCGCUGUGCUCUGCCUGGCCAUGCUGGCCGUGGCCGUCUCCGCCCAGGGUGGCGGAGGUGACGGCUACGGCAAACAGCCGGACGGCUACUUCCAGUACGUCAACGUGCCCGGACACAAGGAGUACGAGUUCGGCUGGAACCGCGGCAACCCGCACCACUACAUCAGCCGCUACGAGCAGGCCAAGGACCACCGCUUCCGCACCCGGGUCAAGUGGGCCGACACCAAGGGAGGAUACGGCGAGCAUUACUGGGAGUACAACCACGCGCCCAAGGGCUACGGCAAGGGCGACCACAAGGGCGGCUAUGGCAAGGACGAGCACAAGGGCUACGAGCCGCCGUCGUACAAGGCGCCCUCGUACGAGCCCCCCUCCUACGAACCCCCCUCCUACGAGCCCCCCAAGUACCAGUAGGGCGCUCUCGACAGCGACCUCUUUCCCAACAUAAAGACACAGAUGGCUCUGGGAUUUCUGAGCUGAGCGGAGCGGCCGGCCGGCCGGCUCCACCGACGACCGGCGGAGACGAGAGAGGGCCGAGUCCGUGCACUAGAUCAUCUUCAUAGAUUGUGAACUGUCGAGCUUUCAGACGGUGGGAACCCAGAGCUGACCGGUGUGUUACUUGUUGAUACCGGCUCGGCGGGAAGUGUGAAUCACUGUGCACUCAACUACUCGUGGUUCUAGUCGUGUUAUGUCAUCGCCGAGUGCAAUCUGAAAAAAACGUGAUUUGAUCGUCGGAUAAAUCACUGAUGAAAACAUCAACAAUUGACAACGUGUAUGGAAACACACUCUUGCAAUAAAACAAGUACAAUGCUAUUAA